AUGACUGGAACGUCUGGGCGUGGUGGCCUUGGUGAAGGCAUCCGUAAUGUGGUUGGGAAGGUGCACGGUACCGGCGAAGCUAUCCGUGGAAAGACACUAGCUGCUCUUGACGACGCGAGUGGAGACCGCACAGCAGCAGCAAAGAACGACGCGAUCGCCAACAAGGGCCUUGACGAGUUUCAAAACGGCUACCAAGGUCGUGCUGGGGAUGCCGGUGUUACGCCUGCUGAUGCUGAUGCGCAGAGAAUGGGUACCACACACUCUACCUCAACUACUCACGGCACUGGAGUGGGCUCGGCAAAUGUUGGCCCUCACUCCACCAAUACUGGCAACAAGCUGGAUCCUCGAUACGACUCAGACGCAGACCAUCGCGCCGACCCCUUGUCCAGUGUAAGUGGCACCGGCACCGGACCUGGCUCAACCAACGUCGGGACGCAUUCCACGAAUGUCGGCAACAAGCUCGAUCCUCGCUUUGACUCGGAUGCGGAUCAUCGUGCGGAUCCAGGAUCUGUUGUUGGUGGCCAAGGAUACAAUUCUCACGAUCAACCUCAAUCCUUUCACUGGCCCCAACACGAACACCGCGGCUCGAUUGGCGGUACCUCUGGCCUCGAAGCCGCACAAAAAAUUGAUCCUCUCUACGAAGCUGGCCAAGAAUCGAUGCACUACUCCGGCCUCACCAACAUCCACCAGCACCGCGGCUCCAUCGGUGGCGUCUCAGGUCUCCAUCCUGCCGAGAAGCUUGAUCCACCUGGACUUGCUGAUCUCUCGGUGCGCUGGACAUGGAACCAAACUCUUUCGAGGACGAAGAAGCAGGACGUAGGUCAGUCACACGUGUAUCGCCGCAGUACAACGAUCGGUUUGAGCGCCAGAGUCACUUUCCAUCCAUUUCUGAUUUGA